AUGUUUAAGAAAAUCAAUCUUUGUGUUAAAAGCCCGCAACUGUUCAGUUCGACGGUCUCGCCACUGUCUCGUUUCAACCCCCAAACCUCUUCAAGUUAUGGACUGGCACUCUAUAAAAGCAGGAGCUAUGCCACUGCAGCAGAAUUUCCACAUCAAAACUACUCAUGGCCCAGCACUUCAUCCUUCACCCCGUAUGACGUUUUGAAUCUACCCCGCGGCGCGACGUACUCGAAAAGACAUUACUAUGACCUCGUUAAGAUCUACCACCCCGACCGGCCUCUCACCGACCAUCCUCUUUUCCGUCAAUUGACCGCCGAAACUCGAUUGCAACGGUACCGAAUUGUGGUUGAUGCACAUGAUCUCCUUUCGGAUCCGAUCAAACGAGCAGCGUACGAUCGGAAUGGCACUGGCUGGAGCCACACGGUACUGGAUACAACCAUAGCCCGCGACUCCCACGGACCGAAUAUCUACUCGAAUGCCACAUGGGAGGAUUGGGAGGAUUGGCAUAAUCGCCACCAGGGGCCGCAGCAGCAUGUUGUCGAUCAGCGCACGUUCUCUCGGCUCAUUAUCCUCUUAGUGCUGUUUGCAGGCGCCCUUCAAGCAUCUUGGAUCGGGCAGAUGAAUAACGGUUACAAUGAUCGACUACGCGGGGUCACCGAGGAGUCGGCGCGUGUCCUGCAGAGCCGCAGAGAUGAGGCUAUCAAACAGAUGACUUCAAACGACGCGCGGGUGCAGGGUUUCCUUAUUCGGAGAGACCCCACCGGGUCGGGUUUGAAGGAUAACGAGCAACCGGUUUAUCAAAGCGAGUUGAAUCCUCGUCGCGGUCUGGACGGGUCCUCCGAUCCGGGCAAAAAUAGCCGAGAGUCUGCACAGUCGGUGGACUAG